AACUAUAGAAAAAAAAGAUGACUACGGUAUGUGCUAUGAAGAGCAUUAAGGGGAUUAACAAACUAAGUCCAUAUAAUUUUGUUGUCUAUAACAUGCCCGAUAGGUCUUAUUCUAAUGCUAAGACAGCAUGAUACAGUAACUUUACCAUUGUGUUUGGCCUCAUCAUGGCCACGGCAGCUCAGGUGCUGUGCCUUUAAAUAGCAAAGGGUUGCCAUUAACCUGUAACCUUAACCCUCAGUCCCAUAGCACACCUUUUGCCAGAUACGAGACACAUUAACACAGUACACAUACACUCAGGUCUUCUAUAUUCACACACACGCACACACACACAGUACACAUAGGUUCAGGUCCUUAUUGAUUUCCGUUGAAGUCCCAGGUUUACUGAAGUGGCUGCUGGCUUUAAGGUUUCUACUGAGGUGCAGGUGUUAACUUCACAAGAUGCCGAUACAAGACACGUUUCUCAUUUUAGAAAUCUUCAUCCCGUUGAUCACAUUUGGCAUCAGCAUCGUCUGCUGCAUAGCCUUCUGUAAGUCCUUACACCGGGCCCGCGAGGUGCAACUGGACCGGGAGGAGAGACGAGACAGGCCCUCCAUCUAUGUCAUUCCCUUCCCCGCAGUAUCUUAUGACAAUGAAGACAUCCACAGGCCUCCUCGCUACAGCACCUCAGAGUUCUACAGCCCACCUCCUGCCUACAAUGAGGUGGAGAUGAAGCCAGACUAUAUCCACCCAGAGCUUCCUCCAGCCUACUCUGAGCUCUCCAACACACCUGUUACCCCCCUGCAACCUUACUCAGUGCCUCCUGAACCCCACUCACAAUCAUAGGACCGUACCACCUUAGGAAUCCCGUGAAGGGGAGGCCUGAGGCCACAGACUAAAGGAUAAAUAAAACAGGAAAUGGCACAUACUGUAUGUGGAGUGGGGAUCCUGAAGCUGGACAUGUAUACCACAGAGACUUGGUCCUUGGGAAUGUGGAAUGGGGACGUGAGGUGGAAAGUCUGGAGACCAUAAGGAAAAGCAAGUGUUUGGACGUCUAUGAAAGUGUGUACUUUAAAGCAAAAGUUGGGGACAUGAGAUCGAAUGGGGUUGCGUAGUAUCUAUAUCUACCAAUCUGUACAAACCAGUGUGUAAAUAUUAAGAAAUCUUUCACAUUUUAUUUUUCAAAGUGUUACUCAGAAUAGUUUAUUAAUUUAUGUAUCAAUGUCAUGGACCUUGUGUGAUAUGGUUAAUUAUUUGAACAAUUGUUAC